CAGCCUCCCCCUUUAUCUUUGACAGUAGUCACUAUUAGGAUCCCCGCUUUACUGAUGACAACACUGACACUUAAAGAGGUUGACAUCCUUGCCCGCAGUCGCUCAGCGGAGCUGGUUGGGCUUCGCCUAGCCAGGGCUCCAAGUCUCCAAAAGGCGAGAGGCAUAGAGAACCGCUUUGGGCUCUGCGCCGGGAGGUGGAGCAGUGGAGAAAACCGGCGGCCCAGCUGCGAGCUUUCCCCGGCAGUGGACGGAGUAGUGGAGGGGCUCUUGGCACCUCCCCAGCCUGCGCCCAGAUGCUGCGCGCCCUGACCAGCACCCUGCGCCUUCCACGCCCCUGGAGGCCCCUUCGCACCCGCAGCUGCGCCUCCCACGGAGCUACCGGAGACCCGGAGAUCCAAGUGCGCGCCCUGACCGGCCGCGACCAAGGAAUCACUGAGAUUCUGAUGAAUAGACCAAGUGCCCGCAACGCCCUGGGGAACAUCUUGGUCAGCGAGCUGCUGGAAGCUCUGGCCCAGCUACGGGAGGACCAGCAAGUGCGUGUUCUGCUAUUCAGAAGUGGAGUGAAGGGUGUGUUCUGUGCAGGUGCAGACCUGAAGGAGCGGGAGCAGAUGAGUGAGGCAGAAGUGGGGAUCUUUGUCCAGCGGCUCCGAGGCCUGAUGAAUGAGAUUGCCUUCCCUGCGCCCACCAUCGCAGCUAUGGACGGGUUUGCCUUGGGCGGAGGCCUGGAACUCGCCCUGGCCUGUGACCUCCGAGUGGCAGCUUCCUCAGCUGUCAUGGGGCUGAUCGAGACUACCCGAGGGCUCCUCCCCGGAGCAGGAGGGACUCAGAGGCUGCCUCGAUGCCUGGGGGCGGCCCUGGCAAAGGAGCUCAUCUUCACAGGCCGAAGACUGAGUGGUGCACAGGCCCAAGCCCUGGGGCUGGUGAACCACGCUGUUUCCCAGAAUGAGGAGGGCAACGCCGCCUACCAUCGGGCACGGGAACUGGCCCAGGAGAUCCUGCCCCAGGCACCCAUUGCUGUGCGGCUGGGCAAAGUAGCCAUUGACAGAGGAAUGGAGGUGGACAUCUCAUCAGGGAUGGCCAUUGAAGGAAUAUGCUAUGCCCAGAACAUCCCCACUCAGGACCGCCUAGAGGGCAUGGCAGCCUUCAGGGAGAAGCGGCCCCCCAGAUUUGUUGGCAAGUGACUCCCAUUUAACUAUAAGCAUGGGAGAAGCCUGCCUUCCAGGGCAGGAUCCAAAAGGAAAAUUUGCAGGGUGACUGUUCAUCAUUUCACCUCUCUGGGCUUUAGUCUCCUCACAAUGACAAGGACAGAUAUAAAACUGGAAUGGUGUUUGAUACCAAGGUCCUGCCCAUGCCACCUGCAGCUAUAUUCAUAAUUCCUCAUCCUGGCUAGAUAAUCACUGGGAUCAAGUUGGCUUUGGAGAAUAUGUCUCUCCCUACUCAAAUGGUAAACUAAGGAUUAAAACAGACCAUCCGGGCCUUUGUAUUAUUGGCUCUCAGGCCUGACCUCUGCCUCUCAGUUAUCGGGUGCUCACCAGAGAUGGCAAAAGGUUGUAAGAACCCUCCAGUUUCUUCCUCUGUACAACAGAGAGAACACAGAAACCCUGGUAGUGGCUGAACAGGCAUCAGGAAUCAGACUGCAGAUCCCAGCUCUCUGCCAUUCAUUGUGUGCCUCAGCUUCCUCAUCUGCAAAAUGAAACUGCUGUGAGGAUUAAAAAAAAAGCCUACGCCUCAUGUUCAAUAAACCUGAGUUAUGAUUAAUGUACAGUGUUUUUAAUAGAACCAAAUGAAAUUAUCACUGAGAAAACUUUUUGUGAACUCUAUAGGGUGGCAGGCAAUCUUCGAUAGCUGAAGUACAUAGCCCUCAGGAGCACUGAGAAGGGAGCAUUAAGUCUGAAGGAGAGAACAAAGGAAAUGGGCAGGUAACACUGGAGUGAAGCCUGAAGGUUCAACAGACAUUUGUGGCAAGGAGAAGAGGGCUGAAGGGGAACAGCAAGAGUGAAGGCUAGCAAGAGGACGACACACUUAGAAAUGAUGGGGCCUGAUAAAUACAUAUGCACACUAGCUAGCCCUCCUCCUGGACCAAGGUAGAGAAGGCUGCAUCUUACGCUGCGGCCUUAUGGCUCUUCUUUGAUUCAUCUGAGCUUCCCGGGCCUAGGCCUGACCUAGAGACACUAAGUGAAGGGCACAGAUAUAUACUCCCUCCCCCGCAUUGUUGAUAUGCUGCUAAAUAUAAGUGUGCCCAAGGCUGGGUGCUCUUUUCCUGGAAGGAAGAGUAAGAGAAAAGUCCAGGCCAUAAAACCAGAACCAACCAUAUUAGCUGGAACUAUGCAUUAGCUGUAACUACUCCAGAAAGUAACAACCUUACUGAACGUCCUUUUUCUCUUCUGUUAAAUGAGGAGAAUACAACUUAUCUAUCCCAGAGGACUGUUGUGAAUGAAAUGAAACUUGGAGGGGUGCCUCAGCAGGCACUAGUUCCUACCACAUUCUCACAGUAGCACAAGCUAGUAUCUGGUAACAGAAUGUUCUAAAGUACUAGAACCCAGGUCAGGAAAUGAAGACAGCCAUUUGGAAUUAUGCAGA